AUGGGUCACCCACACCAUUUGCUGGUUGAUUUUGGAUGGAGCUGUAACAGGGGGCCCGGGCAGAUGGACCCCAUGAGGCAAACAGCAGCGGUGGUGGAUACCUACGAGACGCUGGAGGUGGUGACGGACGGCGACACGAAGCCGCUGGCUAAGGAGCACGACAGCAGGUCCACGAUAGGCAGUACGGGGGCGGUCCUCGAGGUCGUGACGGUGGCGGAGGGCGGAUUCUGUGUGGUCCACGCGUCCAAGAGUGGCACAAUAAGCAGCUCGAGCGAGCUGCAGUUGGUGACUCCUAUUGAGUCGACAUUGAAGGACGGAGCAGCGGGCUGCGGCAGCGAGAGGAGGCCACACACAACGGAUUUUGCUGCCGAAGCAGCAGCAGGCAACAGACUCGGACGCGCACGCGGACGAGGGCAAGACGAGCGGGUCCACGGACACGUACGCGACAGAGCGCAAGCUCUACAAGGACGAGACCGAGGAGGAUUUGACGGAAGCGCUGACUGA